AUGGAUGUUGGGAAGGACGAGGUGACGAAGGACAGAACGAACAAGCAUGAAGACAAGUCGCUCAAGCGCGGCAAGAAAGAGCGCAAAAGCGAGAAGACCUUGCAUGGCAAGAAGAAGGAGCACAAGCAAAAGAAGAAAGACAAAAAGGAUCGGCUGCAGAAAAGAUCGGCUCAUGGUGUUGCCAGCCUAGCAGGAGCUGAGCCGAAGCGACGGCUCACAGGUUUGCAUGAGGCAGAUGGUGAGGACGACCUCCUGACGGAGCUGCUGCAGCCGAAGCGUGAAGCAGCUGAAACAGCGGACAAAGCUGAAGGUUCUGAAGCUGGCGAAGUUGAUGAUGAAAUGCAAGAAGCCGACUUCUGGAAUGGUGUGGGUGAGGAGGACUUUGAAGUGGAAGAAGUCGAAGAAAUUGAGGCGACUGCUGGACCAGUCCAGGAGGAAGCGAGUGCAACAACCGCAGACGUUGAGACUGAUACAAGGCGGGUCACCCUCGUUGUGACCGUUGACGAUGCAAAGAUGCUGAAAGAGAAGCUAACUCUUCUGGCGAAUGUUUCGGGGGCGCGUUUAGAGCUGUCCGCGAACACCCUCCAGAUCAAAGGUCCUCAAGAUGCACGGAUCAGGGCUAACCACUUUGUGCAUGCCGUCCUUGACAAGGGCUUGCCACAAGGAAGCGCACCUUGUGAAGACAUCACGACAGUGUUCGUACUGCCAGAGUGGGCUGAGACGUGGGAUGGCCUGCAAGCAAUGGAGGAAGAGUGUCUUGACGCCAACAGUGUGCUGGGCAUGCAUGGAGUUGUGGCUGCUUGUUCACGCAAGCAGUCGCUUAGCGUGCUGAUCAAGUUGGAGAAAUUGGCAGGACGCUCAGCGUUGGCUGUUGGGCAAAUGGCGGGCUUGCCUUAUUGGCAAAAGUCUUCCAAAGGGUGGCUGGAACGCUUCCAGCCGGUCAUUGUGAAAAAGAUGUCACCUGGAGCAACGAAAGCCAAGGUCAUGUGGUGCUGGGAUGGCAAACUCAUCGAAACUGAUGGUAGCAAGCUCCAGGCGGCGGUUCGUGUUUCCAUCUAUGGAAGGCCGCAGAACCGGGCGAUUGCGGUGGGCAAAAUCCUUGCGUCUGCAGACACGGAGGCUGUGGGACUUAUGGCCGCACAGGUUGAUGCCCGACGGAACAGUGGCGAUGUUCUUUUCCAAUCUGAGGGAGGUCCAGGAGCUGAUGGUUUGCAGGAGUUCGACUUAAAAUGCAACGAGAUGCUUAUGCAGCGAUUCCGACAGAAGCUCUGCAUUGAGAGCAGCCUCUUUGCAAGCUGGCAUCUUCAAUUACAGAUGUUUCUGCAGAGCAUGGAUGCAAAAUCUGCCGGUUCUGUGCCAUCAAAACUGACCAGUGACUGCACGGCGGUGAAGAUUCCGCAACAGGCCGUCGGUCAAAUCAUGGGAAAACAACGCCAAAACCUACAGAAGCUGAUGAGAGAUACCGAGACGGUCAUCGUUAAAGUGAAGGACUUCAAGAGUGUUGAAUCAGACAAGCGUGAUGCGGAGGAGAUCGCCAACUUCAUGAGGAACAUGUACGAGGCAGAAGAUGGGACCGAGUUUGCCGUGUUUGGACCACUUCUCGGCCAGAAGAAGGCCCUUGCCAGCAUGUUGGCGACGAUUGAGAGACUGGUGCCAGGAUAUGCCAUGCCGAAGGAACCGCAGGAGAAGUUGGAGCAGGUUGAAUACGGCUUGGACAGGCUGCGCUUGCCGUUCGAAUUUCAGGAGAACGCCAGCAACAUCAAAGCGGAGAUCCUCUCUGGCGCAACCGAUUGCCAUGCAGCUUGCGUGGCAGAUUUGCUGCUACUGGCCGGAGAUCGGCAGCAAAGGCAACUGGCGCGAGAGUAUGCAUACUUCCUCCGUGGCAAGUCUGAAGGCCAAUUCCCGAGGGUGCCCGACCUGGAAACUCGGAUGGAUGCUGCCACCUUGUGGGUAGAUGAACGAGCUUCGAAAUCAAAAUGGUUCCUAGCUGAGCUGAAAGCGCUGAUGCUGGAAACGAAGACAUGUGCCUUUUUCGACGACGGGCACGAUGAAGAGGAGAAGCUGCGCAGGUUGGUCUUUGUCGGAACUGGUGUGAAAUCUGACGUUGAAGGCAUCGGCAAACGUGCAAAAGAUCUGGUGCAAAAGGCCAUCGACUGGAUCGAUCAAAGGCAUAGCAGCAAGGAGCUGAAGGAGAAGCCUAAGGCCAAACCAUGGAUGAAGUGGGCAGAUUAUGCAGAUUCGAAUAGAUGGGAUGCCUCGGAAUGGAACUCGGCAUCCACGUGGACUUCGGAGAGCUCAAAGCAUUGGGCUUCCGAAAACUGGUCACGCACCGUCCCCGACACAACCAGCGCAGCUUCCGACAUCCCACAAGUACCACCGCCAAUGACUCCUGCAGCUUUGCCAAAGCAGUGUGUGCCUGAAACUCCUGCAGGCUUCGGACGUCAUGGUGGAUCUGCUCCCAUUACACCGGCUGUUCCGGGGCUGCAGAUGGCUGAACCUGAAAUGCCCGCUUUCGGGCCCAAUGGCUCGAAGGAGCCGCAAACCCCGGCUGCAAACAACAUGCGGCCACCGGCCACACCAGCGCUGGCCAAGAGUGUCGCCGAACCAGCUACCCCUGCGCAAGCGGCAAUGGGCAGACGUGUGCCUGGGGCAACACCAGCACUGGCCAAGAGUGUCGCCGAGCCAGCUACCCCGGCGCAAACUGCAAUGGGCAGACGUGUGCCUGACCCACGGCCGCUUGGUGACAGCGAGGACACCUUGCCACCUGGCUGGCAGCGGUGCUUCGGCAACAUUCGUCCAUAUGAUGUGAUAUGA